UCACCCCAGCUAGCUCUUCACAAUCUACCAAACAAAGUAGUGUUUAUCGUAAUCAACACAAACAGCAGCUAUAGCCAUGGCUUCCUCUGCUCUCACAGCUGUUUCCCCACUGAUCUCGUCCUUGACAGCCUUCAAGAGCAAUGCCAGUACUGCUGCUGCUAAUCCUACCACCCUUCUUCUGCCCAACUGUCCCUCCCAAGCUAGCUCCAUGAAGUGUCGUUCCAUCUCCGCCAAAGCUCCUGCCAGAGCAACUGCUUCAUGCAAAUCCUUCGGUAGCACUCUGGCGGGGGACUCGGGUAUCCUAGGCCUCCCACUAUUCGGCAAAAUUGGCCAUGUGACCUCCUCAACUGGAGGGGACGCUGGCAUGAUGUUCGUGUUUGGAAAAACUGGCCAUGUGACCUCCUCAACUGGAGGGGACGCUGGCAUGAUGUUCGUGUUUGGAAAGACUGGCCACGUGACCUCCUCAACUGGAGGGGACGCUGGCAUGAUGUCCGUAUUUGGAAAAACUGGUCAUACCUCCUCCACUGGUGGGGACACUGGCGUGUUUAACCCACUCUUCUUUGGCAAAGUCUCGACCGGCGGGGACUCCGGUGUCUUCGGCGGAUUCGGUAAAGCCUCGACCGGCGGGGACUCUGGUGUCUUCGGCGGAUUCGGCAAAGCCUCGAUUGGUGGGGACUCUGGUGUCUUCGGUGGAUUCGGCAAAGCCUCGACCGGCGGGGAUUCUGGUGUCUUCGGCGGAUUUGGCAAAGCCUCGACCGGCGGGGAUUCUGGUGUCUUCGGCGGAUUCGGCAAAGCCUCUACCGGCGGGGACUCUGGUGUUAUUGGUGGAUUUGGCAAAGCCUCUACCGGCGGGGACUCUGGUGUCUUCGGCGGAUUCGGUAAAGCCUCGACCGGCGGGGACUCUGGUGUCUUCGGCGGAUUCGGCAAAGCCUCCACCGGCGGGGACUCUGGUGUCAUUGGCGGAUUUGGCAAAGCCUCCAUCGACGGGGACUCUGGUGUCAUUGGCGGAUUUGGCAAAGCCUCGACCGGCGGGGACUCUGGCGUCUUCGGCGGAUUCGGUAAAGCCACGAUCGGCGGUGACUCUGGUGUCUUCGGCGGAUUCGGCAAAGCCUCCACCGGCGUGGACUCUGGUGUCAUUGGCGGAUUUGGCAAAGCCUCCACCGACGGGGACUCUGGUGUCAUUGGCGGAUUUGGCAAAGCCUCGACCGGCGGGGAUUCUGGUGUCUUCGGCGGAUUCGGUAAAGCCUCGACCGGCGGGGACUCUGGUGUCUUCGGCGGAUUCGGCAAAGCCUCCACCGGCGGGGACUCUGGUGUCAUUGGCGGAUUGGGCAAAGCCUCCACCGACGGGGAUUCAGGUGUCAUUGGCGGAUUUGGCAAAGCCUCGACCGGCGGGGACUCUGGUGUCAUUGGCGGAUUCGGUAAAGCCUCGACCGGCGGGGACUCUGGUGUCUUCGGCGGAUUCGGCAAAGCCUCCACCGGCGGGGACUCUGGUGUCAUUGGCGGAUUUGGCAAAGCCUCGACCGACGGGGACUCUGGUGUCAUUGGCGGAUUUGGCAAAGCCUCGACCGGCGGGGACUCUGGUGUCUUCGGCGGAUUCGGCAAAGCCUCCACCGGCGGGGACUCUGGUGUCAUUGGCGGAUUUGGCAAAGUCUCGACCGGUGUUGACUCUGGUGUCAUUGGCGGAUUUGGCAAAGUCUCGACCGGUGUUGACUCUGGUGUCUUCGGCGGAUUUGGCAAAGUCUCGACCGGCGGAGACUCUGGCGUCAUUGGCGGAUUCGGCAAAGCCUCGACCGGCGGGGACUCUGGUGUCAUCGGCGGAUUUGGCAAAGCUGAUGCGGCCUCCUCGACCCGUGGAGACUCUGGCGUCUUCGGCGGAUUCGGCAAAGCUGGCCAUCAGUAGCUCCCUCCUGUCCUUUAAUUUUCAGUCGAGCUUCUGUUGUUCGUAGUUAUAUGUCCAACCGAUCUAAGGCCUAUGCAUUAUAUGCGAUAAUGGCCGGUUUCGUUUAUGUUGUAAUAUGUAUCGUUCGUCGUGGAAAUUAAGUUCAGUUCCCAGAGAGUACUCGUCGUCGUAGCAAUGAUCAAGACCGGCAAACGUAGCCAGUAAUAUUAGGUAUGCAAAAGGGCAUAAAAUAAGCUCCUUGAGGUUCGAUGGUGCACAAUUUAUACCUCAAUAUUUCAUGUUCAAACCUAUUCACCGAGGUUACUAAAGUUAGUAUUCAAAGAAAGGAAAGAGAUGUUUAAACCGUUGAAUAAUGGGUUAAUGACUAAUAUGAUCACUCUUCACCCCCGGCCCCCUUUAGGGUUAAAUGUAAAAAAGUUUUAAACAAAUUGUGAUGAUAUUGUAGUGAGCGGCGUAUUCAGGAUAGAGUAGAAUACUUGGUCAUAUAUGAAAAAUGACAGAAAGGGUUGGGCCAUAACAUGACGAACACUUACAUGAAUACUAAAAAUCGAACAUUUACAAGUGCUAUAUUAGCUCUUGAUCCACAGGAGGGAUGGACCGAGGCUCGGGUGCCCCCUGGAUCCAUCGCUGAUUGUAGUAUAACGAUAACUUAAAAAAAAGGAAAAGACAUAAAUUUAGGAAUUCAAAUAUAACGGGUAACCCUUUAUAGUUAUGGCAUGAAUAAGAAAUUGAAGGUGUUUUCCGGCGAGGAAAAACUGGUGUUUGAACACAAUGAAUGCACCUUUACUUCUCGAACAACGAUUCAUCACAAGGUUCACUCCUCUCCGAACAAUGUUCGAACGAGGGUGUUUGAUGUUUUUGAUGGUUUUUGGGAACAAUCUAAGUUACUCUACUCCUAUGGAGGUUCAGUGAGAGCUCCGAAAAACUAAAAGCUGAUUUGCAUAGACAAGAUAAAUUUUGACAUUGUGUGUCAAAUGUUUGGUUGUGGAACUCUUGCUUCUUUGUUUCUUUUAUUUAUAGCCACUAGGAGUAACUGCCUUGGUAACUGCUAGCCGGCUUGUUGCUCCAACCGCCUUAGGGACCCCUUUUCGUUGCUCUUGGUUGCCAAUUGGUAACCGUUGUCUUGGCUUCACCUCCAUUGUCUUGGAGUUCCUAGACCCGUUUUAUUGACUGGUUGGUAUCCCUCGCCUUGGAGGCCCUUGUCCCGUAUUGGGGUUGGUGGGUACUUGAUGGCCUCGAUGUCGGGUCGGGUUGGUGUUGAGCCUUGUCUCCCUGUCAUAACUGGAUGGGUUUGAGGCUCUUUCUUUAGCCUCCAUGAACCAUGAUGAGGUCUUGAUCUCACCCUCGGCUGCUUGAUGACUCCCCACUCUUGUCGUCUUGAGACCGCUACCACCUCAAUGACACCAAACCCUCCUCAUGAACUUGUUGGUUUUUACCAAGCCGUCUCAUCGGCUUAAUACCUUCUGGCAUGCCACCAAGCCAAUGUAAUCAACUCGACACCCCUUGCUACCAAGCCAGCCCUGGUGGCUUGGUCUCCAUACUUAGUUUUUGUAGCCUCGUCAAGCUGGUAAGUUGCACCUUGCCGGUUUGGUACCCCGUGAAGGUGCUACCAAGCCCGUCUUUGGAAUUUGUCUCCAUAUGGCCUCAUAAGGGCUGAGCUCGGCAUCCUGGUCGAUCCAUCCAUAGUUGGGUGGCCACCUCAGCUAGUCACCAUGCCUUAGUUAAAUUUCUUGUCUUGUUGGCUUGAUACCCUGAUGUCUGGCUAUCAAGUCCGUCUUGUUGGCUUGAUAUCCAGACUUAGUUUCUGUAUGACUCUCUUAGUUGGUACUUGGCUUGGCCCCCUGUUGCCUAGCCACCAAGUCAGUCUUCGGCUUGAUAACCCCUUGGAGUCAUGGUACCCUGUCACCUUGCUUGGCUGCCAAGCCUGUCAUGCCGGCUUGGUACCUUGUAGGGGUGGGUCUUGGUACCGAGGUCGCCUUGCCCGCCUGGUACCCCCUUAGCUCUAUACUUAGCCAAUUUUUAUAUCUUUAAGGUAGGCUUGAUACCCCUUUUGCUUCAUACUUAGCCAAAUUAUAUGUCAAAGUACCAAGCCCUGCUUUGCCGGCUUGAUACCCCGUCGUUGACAUCCGGUCAUUUGGCACCCUGCUAUGUCAUAGCUUUUGGAUGGCCUCCUAUUUGGUAUCCGGCUUGGUACCCGGUCGUUUGGCACCUCGUUGUGUCGCCUUGUUUCCAAGACUUAGUUUUUGUAGGCCAAAUUUCAUACUAAGGGGUGGAGGCAUCGUCCGGCUAUGGGGGCCUCGGAGACGGGUCGGCCAUCGUAUAGAGGAGAAGGGGGUUGGCCACUUAGGCCCAAAAAUCUAACCCAACUAGGCCCAGCUGACUCUUUUAAUCAUUAAUGUUGAGCUGGCCUUAUAAAUCCAUUAAUCCCCUUGUAAUUAAUCGAUGUGGUACAAACUGAUUUUUUUUAUGGGUAAACAGAAGGAUUACGUUUGAAAUUGUUCGUUUGGAAAUUUCUUGAAAAGAACAUUCUCAAAACAACCCAGUACGUUUUUAAAAAAAUUACUACGCUUCUGACAAAUAUAAUUCUUGACUUUCUACCGGUGUAGGAUAGCGUGUAUAAUUCCUUGUUAUGCAUGAUACAUAAUCAGAUAUGACUCAUUGGUUUUUAGUGGCCAAAUCUAAGGAUUGAAAUUAAAAAAAAAAAUUCUUCUUAUUUAAUUGGCUUAUGUCUUUUUUGUUUUAGUUUGGAUUUUAGUGUGAAUAAAUAAAACGAGUUCGUUUUGAUCUACAAAAUAAUAUUCAUGUUCAAUCAGUGGCAGAUCCAGGGGGUGACCACCCCGGGCCACGGCCCAGCCCUCCUCUGGAUCCGGAACUAGUAUAACCCUUAUGAGUUUAUCGAUUUAACCAUUUGGCCCAGUGUUAUUUUAUAAUAAAAUUUCUGUAAUUAG